CAGUAGACGCUAGUUUUUAUUACAUUUGAAUUGUGUCAACACGGCGUAUUGUUUAAGUUAACCAGAUCAGUCUUUUGUUAAAGGUUUGUCUGCGCGAGUAAUUAGGAAUUAUGUUAUGGCUGGUGUUCCGUACAUGCACACAUCGUCGCAUACACGCUCCCAGUAAACGUUCCGCUGGCGUCGAGUGUGGACUUCUCUGAUACGAUCCGACACCGUGUUUAGAGGACUUAGUGGACUCGGAUACUUCUUAGGAUGAAUCUAAAUGGAUAUUGUGUCUUCGGCCUUGUCCUCGCAUGGAUAGUCGCAGCAGAAAGCAAAGGAAAGAUCACGUGUUUCCGGAAAGUCAAGCGAAACGGGAAGUGCGCAGGACUGAUCCGGAAAGGCGCGUUCGAGACACCGGCCUCCUGCUGUCAGAAGGGGUAUGGAUAUUCCCUCAGAAAGCAAAAAGUUGGCAAGAACCGGUUUAAAUGUGAUCCGUGUGUAGGAAAGACUCUCAGGCCAACCAAGCGACCAAAGACGAAGAAGUUGCAGAAAUUACGUAAAGAGAAACACCCCAAGAAGGAGAAGAAAGUGAAGCCCACCGAGGAAACACAGACGGUAGAGCCAGUUGUCGUGGUCAAACCUAAAGAAUCGUGGUAUAAGCCGUCUAAGAGAACAGAUAUAUCGUACUCCUACUUGGACCCGGAGAGAGAGAAGAUUCGCUGGGGCCCGUGGAGUCCGUGCAGCGUCACGUGUGGAGCAGGGUGGAGGUCAAGGUUCAAGGUCUGUGAUGACUGCGACAGGAACGACUACGAGAAUGUGCAGUCUCAGCCAUGCAUGGUCAACUUCUACUGUCCAGUCGAUGGUAAUUGGGGACCCUGGUUUCCAUGGCAACCUUGCUCACUUUCCUGUGACCGGGGUUCCAGGAUCCGUCAGAGGAAAUGCAACUAUCCCCCUCCUGCGUAUGGUGGACUCGUCUGUCCUGGACAAGCGGAGAACAAUCAGACUUGCAAUGAACAACCAUGCCCGGUUGAUGGAAACUGGGGCGCCUGGUCUGAGUUCUCGCUGUGCAGCACCACGUGCGGUCAGGGGAUAAAGCGGAAGACGCGCGCCUGCAACUCCCCCGCCCCCCUUCACGGGGGGAAGAACUGUGUUGGCUCAGCUAACAGCAACAAGAAGUGCCAAACUCUCAGAUGCCCACAGGACGGAGGCUGGUCCUUGUGGGGGUCGUGGUCCAAGUGCGCUGUGACCUGCGGACAGGGGACACGACAGCGAACCAGGUCAUGUGACAGCCCACGUGCACUGUAUGGAGGGGAGGAUUGCGAAGGGGGCGGGAGGGAGACCCUCAUGUGCUAUGGGGGGAGGCCGUGUCCAGUUAAUGGUGGAUGGUCUGAGUGGACAAACUUCGGCUUCUGUCGAGCUGAAAGGUGUGAGAAGGGAUUCCAGGUUCGAUCCCGUGGUUGCAAUCAGCCAAAACCAGUGCAUGGAGGGAGGCCUUGUGACGGAGACCAGUAUGAACGUAUCGAAUGCUUCAACGACCAAGGCUGCCCCAGGAAUGGUACGUGGUGCGAGUGGAGUCAGUGGUCCAAGUGUACAGCAACGUGUAAGUUGGAGGCCGCCCUCCGGGUGAGACAGAGGGAGUGCAAGUGCCCCGCCCCUAGGAGUGGGGGUGCCGAGUGUGAUGGUGAAGGCAUAACCGUCAAGACAUGUGAUGACCUGCCGUCCUGCAAACUACCACUUCCCUCCAAAAGGUCGGACACUGAAGCUGGCGGGGGCGGGGAUCUCGAAGGGGGAAGCUCCGGUGACGGGGAGGAGGGAGAUGAAGAGGAACAGGAGGAUAGUGAAGACUACCCGGAUCACACGGUGAUGGAGGCCAAUUAACAGGCGAGCGAGUAGGGGGCAGCAAAGUUUCAGAUGAGGUCGGUGAUUGGCCCCAGCAGUUGAUGACUAAAACAAGUCCAUCCAUUUCUUUCGCUUACUUUGUCAAUCUCCAGUCGGAUACUAGUCUCUCCAAAUUGUUGGCCGUUUAUUUGGCGCUGGACUACAGUGAGAUAUUUUGUUCAUUUUGCAAGGCGCAUGUAAAAUAGUCCGUGUGUAGGACGAUGGUUUCACGCUUAGUACAAAAUUAAUAUUGUGCCUUUCCAGUGUAAUAAGAUUGUAGUUUUUGUAAUUUACAUAUCUAGCCGUGUGGUCAUGGAGUGCUUGUGUAGCUACAAUGUUUAUUUAUAAUGUAUCACUAUCUUCAACAUACCAUUCCACAACGUGAUCAGAGAACUUUGCACUUCCGCUUUUACAAAAAUUAACCUAUUCAUAUGAAGCGGUUUCAUCCCAUCAGUAAAUGGUAAUGAUUUAAUAAACGGAACAUUCUAAAGACACUCCACUUCCACGUUGUCAUCCUGCUCAUCGUUGAGGUUUUCAUAUAAAAUUUGUCACAUCGGUC